AUGUAUAUAAUGCCUAGAGCACAAAAUGCCCAUGCUCUCGUAAAUGCCGCAUUCCUUGUGCAGGUUCAAAAACCUGACUACAUAGUGAAAUCGGCCCGUAUAUCCUAUGGCGGUUUAAGCCACGGAUUUUCUAGAGCCACAAAUCUGGAGAAGAGCCUUUUAAACAAAGCCCUCUUUACUGAAGAGAAUGUCCGUAAUGCCUUCGCCUCUAUGCAAUCGGAAAUCAAAGCAGAGGUGGCGUUGCCCGAACCAUCCCCAGAAUAUAGGACAAAACUGGCACAUGGACUGUUUUACAAAUUCCUCCUAAGCCAUGCACCUUCCGGCAAAGUUGGUACCAGCUUCUCUUCAGGUGGUCAACUACUAAAGCGCCCAGUAUCCACAGGACAACAAACUUUCGAAGUCAACGACAGUUGUCUGCCAGUCAAGAAGCCCACCGAAAAACACGAAGGUCUUCUACAAUGCUCCGGUGAAGCAACUUUCUCCAACGAUUUGCUACCGCAGAGUCAACAACUGUGGGCCGCUUUCUUUACGGCUAAGAAAAUCGGCGCCAAGGUCACCAAAAUAAAUGCUGAAAAGGCAUUGCAACUGCCUGGUGUUGUCGCAGUUUUCACGGCCAAAGAUAUUCCUGGGGCCAAUUACACCGUCACCAAGGACAAUAUGUACUUUAUGGAAAACGAGGAGCUGUUCUUAGAAGGGGAAGUCAAGUACUAUGGCCAGCCAGUUGGCAUUAUAGUGGCGGAGUCAAAUGCUCUUGCCAACAAAGCCGCUGAAAUGGUGGAGCUCACAUAUGAAGGCGGCUCUGCAGUGGUUUAUCCAACUAUGAAGGAUGUGUUAAAUGGAGGUCCUGCGAAUAGGAUUCGGCAUCAAAUCAAAUCCCCAACCUUUGAGGCGGGAACUUCGAAACAAGCAAAAGAUAUCAGCCCCGAUCAGUUCGAUGUUGCCGCUAAAGGAGCCUUGGAUAUGGGUCUGCAGUACCAUUUCUUUAUGGAGCCACACACCACAGUCGCGUUGCCCACUGAAGGGGGGGUUCUGCUCUAUGUUUCAACUCAGUGGAUGGAUUUUUCACAAUAUGCCGUCUCAAAAUUACUGGGAUUGCGCUACAAUGAAGUGCAAUUGAAAACCAUUCGCGUUGGUGGGGGUUAUGGUGGCAAAGUGACACGUAGCAACUAUGCUGCUUGCGCGGCAGCUCUAUCUGCCUUCAAACUCAACAGACCUGUUCGCUUUGUGCUAUCCAUUGAGUCUAUGAUGGAGUCCUUUGGCAAGCGAUGGCCUUGUCAUGUUGACUACGAUUUCUUCGCACGCAAGUCUGGAAAAGUUGUAAAACUGAUUUCAUCGUUCUACGAGGAUGCUGGAUGGUGUUCCAACGAAUCGCCUAUGGGCCAUACCCAGUUGCUCUCAAAGAACUGCUACCAAUUUACCUCAGACAACUUCAUCUUGGAUGGCUAUAUGGUCAUCACUGAUACUCCAUCGAACAUUUCCUGUAGAGCUCCUGGCUCAGUUGAGAGCAUAGCUAUGAUUGAAAACAUCAUGGAGCACAUAGCAUUCCAAUUGGACAUGGAUCCACUUGACCUACGUCUGGCCAAUUUAAUAGCGGGCCACAAGGUAUCUGAAAUGUUGCCCCGAUUUGAGGAGUCCACACAAUACAGGCAGCGAAAGCAGGAGAUCAAAGAGUUCAAUAAACAAAACCGUUGGAUAAAGAAGGGUCUUGGCUUGGCCAUGAUGGAGUAUCAUGUGGGAUAUUUCGGUCAAUUCCCAGCCAGUGUGGCCAUUUACCAUGGUGAUGGCACAGUUAUCAUCAGUCACGGUGGCAUAGAGAUGGGUCAGGGAAUGAACACGAAAAUAGUGCAGGUGGCGGCCCAUACUUUGGGAAUUCCCAUGGAAAUGAUACGGGUUGAGGGAAGCAACACUGUUAAUGGAGCCAAUUCAAUGGCGACCGGUGGUUCUGUGGGGAGUGAAGUUGUUUGCUUUGCUGUGCGCAAAUGCUGCAACACUUUGAUGGCUAGAUUGGCCCCUGUGCGAGAAGAACUGAAAGAUCCUUCGUGGAAGGAUUUGGUGAAAACGGCUCACAGCAAAAACAUGAACCUCAUUGCAAGUGAACAUUGCCAUGUUGGCGAAAUGGAUCCAUAUACUGUUUGCGGCUUGAGUCUGGCCGAGGUCGAGGUGGACAUGCUGACAGGCAAUUACCUUGUUAAACGAGUCGACAUUUUGCAGGAUGCUGGUGAGAGCUUAAAUCCCAAUGUAGACAUUGGGCAAGUCGAGGGUGCCUAUAUCAUGGGCUUGGGUUAUUGGUCCAGCGAGCAUUGCGUAGUCGAUAAAUCAAAUGGCCAGAUGUUGACAAAUCGCACUUGGAACUACAACCCUCCCGGUGCCAGGGACAUUCCCAUAGACUUUCGCAUCGAAUUAUUGGCAAGAAGUCCGAAUGCUGGUGGUUUCAUGAGAUCUAAGGCUACCGGGGAACCUUCCAUCUGUGUGUCCGUAAAUGUAACUUUUGCCUUGCAAGAGGCCAUACAAUCUGCUCGUGACGAUGCUGGUUUGGAAAAGCAAUGGGUCACCCUCAAUGCUCCGAUGACGCCCGAGUACAUACUUUUGAACUCUGGCACUAAUGUGGAAAUGAUGAAACUUGCCGCCAAAUAGUGCACAAACCUCAGGAACAAUCGUUGAUAAUUGUUUUUAUGAAUAUUGUUCUUUAUAAGAUGUACAUAUUACGAUCUCCGAAAUUUCGAAAAUAAAAUUGAGAACAUGUAUAAGCAAAAGAAA